UUGAUGAACACGUCACAAUUUGUAGAUGGGAAGAUCUGAUUGGUUCGAGAAUUCGAAACUUCUUUUAAUAGGAAUAUAAUAUCAAAAUAUAAACAAAUUAAAAAUAGCAUUUACGAGCAGUCUUUAAGGUCGGAUCUACAAUAGGUGUAAUUGUAGAUCCGGGUUAACGUGCGUACCUUAUUGUAAUUAGUCAACAAUUAUUACUGUGAAAGCGAACGUUUUUCGGACCCUUUCUUUGGACCAUCUUCAAGAAUACAGUAUUUUUCUCUUCUUUUACCUCUUUCGGAAAAAGGCAUGACAGAUUUCCUAACCUUCACAAGUGGCAUCUUUGUUUAGGAGACGCUAUCAGUGCUAACAGCAUCGCUCUAUCUUUAUUACUUACCGAAAGUUGAACAAGGACAGAACGUAGUGCUAAAAGCAUGCUUCUUGAACCUAGCCUUUAACGCUUAAUAACUCUUUUUACACUAUCAAGCAACAAUUUUUACUUUUCAAAUCUUUGCUUUUAUGCAAAGACAUCGAUUAAAUGCAUUUAUCAAAAUUUAAAUAGAACAGGUGAAACUAAACAUUUACAUCAAAGAUUCUAGUCGCUUAAAAAAUGCCUGUUAUUGUCGAAAAAUCUGCAACUGUGUAUAAUCAAAAGGAUCAUGAAACGUCACAAAGUUCCUUACUUCAGAAUCAUCGAGUACAAAAAGUAGUUGAAUCUCUCAAUCAUGAAGUUUCAGAUAUUAUUCCUACUACAGUCAUAGGAAUUAAAGUAACGAGUAUACAAAAUCCACACAUUAUAAGAGUUUAUGAAAUUAAACAGUAUGCAGACAAACUUGAUAGAAUUCAAAGAAAAUUGUUGAGUUUCAUGAAAACUGAAGAUUUUUUGAAAGAGAAACAUAAUGUAGAAAAUCCUAAAGUUGGUGAUACAGUUCUUAUACAAAGUAGUCAAUGUACGAGUGAGGUGGAGUUACCAUCAUUUGUUUGCCGAGGUUUAAUAACGCACAUUAAAAAAGAAAACGAGAUAUUAUAUUAUAUUCUUUUGGUGGAUCAUGGUACUGGCAUAGAAUUAACUAGGGAUCAAUUUUGUGUGGUGCCAUAUAACUUUAUUCCUGAAGAAUAUUUAACAAAAACUAUCGGUGUGUAUAAUAUUUUGCCAAUUCGCAUGAAAAAGGAUGUUUCAAGUGAUUUCAAUAAUUCAAACUCUGCAGCAAUUGUUGUACCAGAAUGGAGCGAAGAAGCAAUUCAAUAUGCCAAAGAUUUGUUGCAUGGAUCUAAAGUCAUAUACUUUAACCAUUUAAUCACGGAUGAGAAGAAUGGAAGAGAAUAUGGGGAAUUUUAUAUUACCUUUGAUAAUGUUGAUAUCAUACCGUUAAGUGAAGCUUUAACUAUUAAUUAUUAUGCAAUUUACAUGAAAGAAGAUUUAUUACAACUUUUUGAAAACUAUACUCAUUCUAAGGAGAAUAUAAAAGAUCACAUUAUACAUAUAAAGUUUUCACAUAAUAGAAGAAAUAGAAAUAAUGCAAUACAAAUUGUUAAUCAUGCACAAAAAAAUUAUCCCCUUAGAGAAUUAUAUCUAAGUGAGAAAGUUUUGAUACAGAGCACAAUAAACUGUGGGAUUUUAAGUGAUGUUAGAGAUCUUGGAUAUCCUAAAGGAAUACAUGAGGGUUGGAAUGAAUAUAUCAAAUCUUCGAGACCAAGAAAGCUUCAGUCAUAUAUAUGGCCAGCUAUAAAUAAUGGUUUAAAUGUUGUAGCUAUUGGAUCAUCGCAAUGUGGUAAAACUAGUGGAUGUGUAAUGGCUGUUUGUGGUCUAGUAGCUAUGCGUCAAAAUGAAGUAUCAUAUAGCGCAACUCGUCCACUAGCAUUAAUUCUGUGCUCCUCGUCUCUUGACGUAAUCAGUGUUCACUCAAUGUGCAUGUCAUUCCUGCGUUCUUUUGACAAUAUAAAUGCUGUACCAGCAUUUAAUGGCAUGACGUUUAUAUCAGUGGCGGCAUCCAUUUAUAAAGGAUGUCAAAUCCUAGUAGCUACACCGCGAUAUCUAGCUCGAUUCUUGAACGAAAAUAAAAAUUUACUGUCAUUUGACAAUCUCUGUUAUUUAGUUUUGGACAAUGCUGAUACAAUUUUAAAUAACUAUUACGAUUCGAUAGGAGAACUGUUUAAGAAACAUAACAUCAUCAAAAAUCGUGAAGCACAACAUAAUAAAUUAUUACAAAUAAUAAUUACGGGAACAACAUGGACACGUGACAUGAAGAAAUUUAUUUUGUAUGCAAUGUAUAAUCCGUUUAUAUGCAUAGCAUCAUUCCUAGAAGCCAUUAUCUUUAAAUCUGUGCAUCCACAACUAUAUAUUUUGAAAUCUAUAUAUAAAAACCAAAAAAUAUCAGAUAUGAUAAAAGAUGAUUAUAUUACAUUGAAAACAAUGAUAGUAUGUAUAAAUGCCGAAGAAGCCGAAGAGUUAAAUGCCUUUUUACUUUCGACAAAAAAAACUCUGCUAAUUCACGAAAAGAUGAAAUCAUCUGAUAUACGAGCUUUACAAGAAAAUUGGAAAGCAUGUGUACGUGGUUUAUAUCCAGUACUUAUAUGUACUGAUGCAGUUCUAUCUGACUUAAAUUGUACUAAUAUUCAAUGGCUGAUACACCAUUCUGUACAGUUAAAAUUAAAAAAUCUAUUCAAUUAUAGAUUCUCUGUACUUUUAGAUAAUUUGACACAGGAUGCCACAAAUUGUAAAUUUAGUAUACUUAUCGAUGAAAACAAUAAUCUACAAUUUCCGAGUUUAAUAAGAAUGAUGCAACGGAUGAAAGUUGUGAUAUCUUCAGACUUGUUGGAUAAAAGUGAUCAAAUAGCAAUUACGUUAGAGAAGGAUAAAAAAGAGUAUGCUAUAUGUGAUAAUGUGAAAUCGUUUGGCUUCUGCCGUGAGAAAAACGUUUGCGUAUUCAGGCAUUAUAUGCUUCCUAAAAUUGAUGCACCAAUGACAAACAUACAGAUAAAUGAUAAGGUGAUGUUGAUGCUGAUGUAUGUUCACGAUACGACACAUUUCUCUGCAAGAAUAAUUGAACACAUGCCACAAUCGAAUGAGUCAAAGCAAAUAAAAUUUUUUGACACAGAGUAUAUGAAAAUUGCAUUUAAAAUACAAGAAUAUUAUCAAAAUGUCGAAAAUAGAAAAGUAUGUAUCUCGACGAAUGUAGGUGAUAUCUGUGGUCUAGAGGAAUCUAUCGACACAUUUAAACGAGUACAAAUUAUGCGCAUUAGAAAUGAUAAAAAUAUUUCUGAAGAUAAAGUGAAGUUUGUGGAUGUGAGAUGCAUUGAUAGUGGUAUUAUACAUGAACAUGUUAAUGUAUGCAAAUUAAUGCAUAUUCCAGAGGAAUUAUCAAAUCUUCCAACACAUAUUGUUGAAAUAUUUUUAGUUGGUAUAGAACCACAUGAUAAAGAAUAUAUGUGGAAUUAUUAUACUAAUCAAGCAGUUCAUGAAUGGUUCGAAAAAAAUUUCGAUGAAAGGUCUUAUAUUAUUGGGAAAGUUUGUCUUCAUCUUGGAAAUACAAUAUGGUUAGAUGAUCUCCAAAUUGGAACAAAAUUGCUUGGCUACUCUGACAUAAUAGGAUCUUCUUUGAAAAAGGAACUUCUAGUUAAAAAUUUUGCUAUUUUGAAUGAAAAUCACAUACCAGACCUGUUUAAACUUUGCAAGAACAGUGGUUUGAUAGAAACCAAUGGGCAUGACAUUAAUGUAAUGCCUAAAUAAAGUAUGGCUUUUUUGCUAUCAUUUGUAUUUGUUAUAUUUGUAUAUUUACAAAACCACAUAAUAACAUUUAAGAAAAUUAAACCUCUUGAUAUACACUUGUAAGAAAAAAAUUGAUACAUUUGAUAUAUUUCUGCUUUUAAUAUUUUUGAUAUAUUUCUGCUUUUAAUAUUUUAAUAUUUUUAUUUUGUACUUUUGAUACUUUUGUUAACUUUUUUGGGACUAUUGUACUUAAUGAACUAUGUGAAUAAAAGUGAAUCAUUAAUUUCUCAACAGAA